AUGAAUGAAAAUGGAAUAAAAGAGAAUAAAAACAAUUCUAAAAAAGGUGACAAACGCUCCAAGAAAGGAAACCCCAAAAAGGUGGACAGCAAGGAUGAUCCUACAAAAUCAGACCCUGCAGGUGCCCCAAGCAGAAAAGUGAAUAACGGAAAUGUGCGCGAAGUUGAAGAAGCAAAAGAAAACAGCGCGCAAACUCCGAACAAAACUAGUAUGACUAACCUUUUUUCAUGGAAAAAAAAAAAAAACAAACAAAAGAAAAGUGAAAAUAAAAUGGAGGAAAACAACUCCGAUAUGCAUGGAAAAGACUUGGGAACAAGCCCAUAUGUCAACUUGGGGGAUGAUGAUAUGAAUCAGGGGGCACAAUACGAUGGUAACUAUGACCAGGGUAACAAUAAUGAUGUAAAGGAUAUGCAAGAAAAUUACGAAGAAAGUUACCAGGAAAGUUACCAAGAAAGUAAUGCAAAUGAGAAUUAUGAUAAUGAAAAUAUUACCAUUGUUGAUGUGGGAGAAAAUGAAAAGAAUCCAGAAGAUGAAGAAGAAGAAGAAAAAAAAAGGAAAAAAAAUUGGAAGAGAAGAACAUUUAGUCGUUUUACCCCUGGGGGUGUACGCUCAAGCACAGUUCUCUUCAUAUGUACAGCCAUAGGAGUGGGCUUUCUGUCCAUACCAUAUGUUUUUUCAAAGUUGGGAAUAAUAUUAAGUCUACUGUUGAUACUUCUAAACGCCAUGGAAUCCUACGUCACAACGAACAUCCUAUGUAUGUCAUCCCUGGAGCAUAACACAUUUGUAUAUGGAAAUUUGCUAAAAAAAAUAGGACAUAAAUACCACAAAAUUAUCAUCGAUAUUGGGCUGACGUUUGGUUUUCUCUCCAGUUAUAUUCUGGUAUUGAUACUAAUAAGUAAUUUUUUGAGUAGUAUAUUGUACCUUUUUGAUUUCCCUUCCUUUUUCUAUAACCACACCUUUCUGAUUACUCUAGUGUGUAUACUGAUAGUACCUAUCACAUUUCGCGACCAAGUGGGCUCCCUAGAUUCCUUUUUGGUAUUUUCCCUAUUCUCGUUGGCGAUAACGGUAUUAACGAUAGGAUGGCAGGCACGAGACUACUACACCAUAUUGAUCAACAAGGAUAUUGUGCUUUUCAACCUGGAUAAGCACUUUUUCAAAUGUUUCAAUAUUUUGUUGUUUUCCUUUGCACAACAACCAAAUGCAUGCUUCAUAACUGGACAGUUUAAUCAGCCGACGCACAGGAGAUUAACAAAAUCAGCAUACAGGAGUGUUGUGCUGCAAAUUAUUUUUUACUCCUUAUUUGGGCUUCUAGGAUAUUUGUCCUUUCUAACCACAACCAAGGAUAACAUCAUAUUGAAUUAUGAAGACACAAAUAUAUCCAUCCUUUUGUGUAAAUUUCUCCUGUCCAUAACGUUUUUUUUUUCCGUUCCGUUAAAUUUCAUGGGAUCCUAUUCAAGCUUACUAUCAUUGUACUUAUCCGCUCGUAAUAUGUUUCUUAAAUUUUAUGCAUUUAUCUCGAGAAGGAAUAGGUACAUGGCUAACUUGUCCACCUUUUUACGUGAAGAUGAGGAAAAUCUCUUUGAGGAAAAUACCCUUGAUAAUUUAACAGAAAAUUCCAGCACUACAGAAUCGCAAGCGGAGGACAAAAACCAGCGAAAACUCAUCUCCAUUUUUGUCACCAUUCUCUGCGCCCUUAUAGCGUUUAACGUUAAAAAGUUAUCCAACGUUAUUGGUAUAGGAGGAGGAAUCACGUCUACCUUGAUAUCCUGCCUCUUACCCAAUUUGAUUUACUAUAAAAAUAUGCAUAAUGUGAAGAACAAACUGGAGCGAUAUUCAACCCUGUGCAUGUUAUGCUUUUUCUCCUUCAUGGGUUUUCUUUCUGUCAUUAUUACUGCGUUAAUUUUAAUUUUUUAG